AUGGCGUCUCGCAGCCUCUUCGCUUCCUCCCGCAGGAUAGCGGCGCAGGCUCGCGAUGUCCCUCUGUCGCGGGGUCUUGCGCCGCUGAUCACCGUCCGGCACAGUUCUAAGAGCAGCUCGACCUCAGCCAUCGCCUACAAAGCCCUUCGGCGCAGGCACGCCCCUCUCCCCGUCGACAACCCUCCUGCGUGGUCCGCUCAGGCUGCCGUUUCCAACAUCCUCUACGAGACUCCGACGCCCUCCGCGGCUCCCCCCAAGCGCCAUGUUUUGAACUGCCUCGUGCAGAACGAGCCUGGUGUGCUCUCCCGCGUGUCGGGUAUCCUGGCCGCUCGCGGCUUCAACAUCGAUUCGCUCGUUGUCUGCAGCACUGAGGUCGAGGAUCUCUCGCGCAUGACUAUCGUGCUCACGGGUCAAGACAGCGUCGUUGAACAGGCUCGCCGCCAGCUCGAAGACCUUGUCCCUGUCUGGGCUGUGCUGGACUACACCAACGCUCCGCUUGUCCAGCGUGAGUUGCUCCUGGCCAAGGUCAACAUCCUCGGUCCCGAGUAUUUCGAGGAGCUGCUUGCCCAUCAUCGCGAGAUCACUGCUGCCGACGGCGUUCAGCAGGGCGAAAAUGGCCAAGAGGCGGUUGAGCAGCCCAGCCUCGCAGAGACGGCCAAGGAUUUCCAUCCCAGCCGUCUGGUCGCCAGUGAGGCCCUACGCCAUAAGCACGAGCAUCUCCGGAACAUCACCUACUUUACACACCAGUUCGGCGGCAAGGUUCUUGACAUUAGCACUAAUAGCUGCAUUGUCGAGGUGUCCGCCAAACCAUCCAGGAUAGACUCCUUCCUCAAGCUCAUUGCCCCCUUCGGCAUUCUCGAGUCUGCCAGGACUGGUCUGAUGGCUCUGCCUCGUUCGCCCCUGUAUGGGCCGGAUGAGGACAGCCCGAUGAAAGAGGCCGACGAGGUUGUCGACGCCAGUCAGCUCCCCCCUGGUUAA